AAAAUCUUUCUUCCACAUAGACAAGAAACUCUGGUGGGCAGACCAAAACUUAGCUCAACUCGGAACUUGUAACAAGAGAGAUGGAAGAAAUCCCACCAUCCUGCGAAACAAGACUUCUGGGGUUGUUCACAUGAAAGUAUAUGACAAAGAAGCACAACAAGGCAGCAAUUCUUGCCACCUAAAUAAUGGUGGUUGUUCUCAGCUUUGUCUUCCAACAUCUGAAACUACCAGGACUUGCAUGUGUACAGUGGGAUAUUAUCUCCGGAAGAACCGCAUGUCAUGCCAAGGCAUAGAAACUUUUCUGAUGUACUCUGUUCAUGAAGGAAUCCGGGGGAUACCUCUUGAACCAAGUGACAAAAUGGAUGCUCUGAUGCCUAUAUCAGGAACUGCAUUUGCUGUGGGGAUAGACUUCCAUGCAG